GUGCUCUGUUGCUGAUGGCUCCUCCCUCGCCAAUCCACGCGUUGUAUUGUUGUUGUCCGGAGUGGGGGAAGUUUCUGCUACGGUCAGGCCAGGGAUGGUUUAAUAACAAUGUCCGAAGUACUAAUGAAAGAAAUGGAGGAGGUAUCGCUCUGUCACAUGAAAACAACAGAAGAACACUCGGAAAAUGGUCGGAGUUUUCUUUUGGUUGACGAACAAGAAAACCUACAGGUCCACGAUGAGGCUCAGUUCCUGGAGAGGCUGGGCUGCGGUGACAUGCAAGGCGUCAAGGUCCUCUCCAUCUUCGGCAACACGGGCGACGGAAAGUCCCACACCCUCAACCACAUCCUGUUUGGCGGGGAUACUGUGUUCUACACCUCCAAGUCCCCCAGCUCCUGCACGGUGGGCGUGUGGGCCGCCUUUGACCCCGGGCUGGGCCUUGUGGCUUUGGACACAGAGGGCCUGCUGGGGGCGGCGGCCAACCAGAACCAGCGCAUGCGUCUGCUGCUGAAGGUGCUGGCCGUAUCGGACGUGGUGGUGUACCGCACGCGGGCCGAGAGGCUGCACAACGACAUGUUCCAGUUCCUAAGCAGCGCCUCAGGGGCCUACCUGAAGCACUUCACCCCCGAGCUGCGUGCCCUCUCCAGCCGCUGUGGCAUGGACGUUCCCCUCUCCUCCCUGGGGCCCGCAGUCAUCGUGUUCCAGGAGACCACCCACACCCAGCUACUGGGCCAUGAGCGAACAGAUGUCCCUGGCUAUGCAGACACUCAGCUCCAGAGGCGCUUCCAUGACCUGGGCCUGGGUACAGAGGCCUUCAGCUCAGUGCAGUACGUGGGCACACAGACCAUCACUCCACCGACCAACUACUCUCUGCUCCUGGAGGCUGUACGCCAGCAAGUCAGGAACACUGCCACCCGAUCGCCCCGCCAACCGGCCAUCGUCUUCAGCGCCUUGCAGGCCCUGAGUGACAGGUUCUGUGGGGAGAUCUUUGAUGACAAGAUACCCCUCUACUCCUUCUUCCCUGACGAGUACUUCACCUGCUCUUCAGUCUGCCUCAGCUGCAAUAUCCGCUGUAAGAACGGGAUGAACCAUCUCAGAGACAGGGUCCCUCACCUGGCAGACGGACUGUGUCAGUACGCUCACCAGUACAACAACAAGGUCCUCAUCUGCAAGAGGUGCUAUGAGGGGGGCAGGGAGGUUAUUGUCAUCCCUAAAACCUCAGCCUCCACAGACAACCCCUGGUUUGGGCUGGCGAAGUACGCCUGGUCUGGGUAUGUCCUGGAGUGUGGCAGCUGUGGCAUCAUCUACCGCAGCCGGCAGUACUGGUUGGGCAACCAGGACCCAGAGAGCGGCGUGGUGCGGCCCGAGGUCAAACACGUCUGGGACGGGUCUGAGGCCUUCCUGACAGACCACCAGAAUGCGGCCCAGAGGAUGCUGGAUGGGAUGAACUUUGUGAUCCAGUCUGUGUCGGAGUACAGCACGGGCCCCACCAAGGCUGUCACGUCCUGGCUCACUGACCAGGUGGCCCCGCUCUAUUGGAGACCCAACACGGACAUCACCAUGUGUCACUGCUGUAAGAAGCCCUUUGAGGAGGCAGAGAGGAAGCACCACUGUCGUUCGUGUGGCGAGGGCUUCUGCCAGGCCUGCUCCACCCGCAAGAUGCCCGUACCCGAGAGGGGCUGGGGAAGCACCCCCGUCCGGGUCUGUGACGCCUGCCACCGCCAGGGAGGGACCGACACCACCAACCAGGUGGCUGUGGUGGAGCCGCGGGGGCUGAUGGCCCGCAGGGUGACAGAGGUGGCCCAGUCUACUCUAGACAUGGUCACCACUGCAGUGGACUACCCUCUGUGCUUUGUGAAAGGAGUGGCCCGGCCUGACUACUGGGUCCCCGACCCCCAGAUUGUGCAGUGCCACAGGUGCAGCAAAGCCUUCACCCCCAGUAUGUCCAAGCACCACUGCCGGGCGUGUGGCCAGGGUGUCUGCAGCGGUUGCUCCUCCAAGAGCCGCCCCGUGCCCUCCCGUGGCUGGGACCACCCUGUCCGCGUCUGUGACGGCUGCGCCAUUCGCAAGGGCAGCCUGUGAGGUCAGGGCAGAGACCUGGGACACCAUUCUGCCGGGCAUCUGAAAUCUAGUCGGAUGCCACGGCACACUACAUGUUGCUUAUCUUUGUUUCCCUGUGCACUGUGAGCCACUGACCUUUUAAGAGAGAAAUCCAGAUGAGCCCUGUCCUAUGGGGAAGGCACUCGACUGAUGUCCUGGAGUAGCACUCUAAACAUGGGACUGCCUCAUCUGAUAUCGACGGCCUAAAACCAGGAACAAGAACUGGACUAGCGGGACAAGAACUGGACUUCUGAAAACUCGAAUGCCAAGACCGUUGUAAUUGACUGAGUGUAGAAGACUGAGAGAACCCCAUCCCCCCCUAACCCAAACUACCCACUGCCGGCACUGAAAGACAUUAGCCCAACAACUUUUCUGUUAGUGAUAAGGCACAUGAGGCAGUCUUAAGUAUAUUAAUUUAGGCUCUGCUUAUCUUAAAAGGGGGGCACCUUAGGGUUCCAUUGACGUUUGAAACAAGCACAUCAUUUUAAAUGAAUACUGAGGGUUUAGUUGGUGAUAAGACACCAGAGGCAGUCUUAAUAUCAUUCUUAUCUGUUGGGAAUGGCUGAACAUUCAUGAGUUAGAUUUUAAUUCAGGUGUGGGUUGUGGUGGCCAGCCAAGCCUUUGCCUCAGACAACGUCAAGGAGUAACAGGCGUGUAACCACGGUAACCGGACAAAGAGGAGACACAGGAAAUGACAUCGCAACAUGAUCUUCCUCCCUGAUGCGAUCUCAGGCAGUGCGCGCCAUGGUUUGAGUCAGGAAAAUGAAUAAAGAUGUCCCAUACAGACAUUCCAGUUUACAUUAGUACCCUUUUUCACACUGUCGUGCUGAUCCCAUCUGUCUCCUGGCUCGUAUUUUCCUUUGACAUUGUCCUUUCCAGCAACUCGGGUGGAAUGUUAACCAGGUCAGUGCAGUACUGCUGGGCUCGGCUCACUAGUGUGAAAGCGGUAUAGUAUGUUAAUUUAGGCUCUGCUUAUCUUAAAAGGGGGGCACCUUAGGGAUCCAUUGAUGUUUGAAACAAGCACAUCAUUUUGAAUGAAUACUGAGUGUUUAGUUAGUGAUAAGGCACAAGAGGCAGUGGUGUAUCAUGAAUACAGUCACAGGUAAAUGGCGUUGUUCGGCCCAACGCUACAACUGAGUCAACCCAUUUGCCUGUGACUAUUCAUGAUGCAGCACUGCCUUGCAUGCCUUAUUGCUUUUAGAAAUGUGUUACCAACAUAUUAAAAUAACAAUGACUCACAUAUUUACAUUAACUUUAUUUUGAUAAGUGAAUAUAUAAAAUCUCAUUCUUCCACCAGAAGAUAUAGGAUAUAGUGCGGACAGAAAUCUGCUUGGUUCUUUCGGUCAUGUUGCUACAGAUGAGUACCAGUCGUUAUUUUUUUAUUUUUUUUGCGUAGUUGCUAUGCAAAAGGACGGUCGUCUGUUCUGCUAAACAAAAUGGUUGCUAUGCAGGCUGGAUAACGUUCGUGUCCCUAGCUAGCCAACUUCAGUUCAGUCACGUCAAACAUUGAGCCUGGGAUGACAGUACACUAGCUGCAUUUUCGUUUGUUUGAGCUGUUUUCUAUUGGUAUUUACUUGGAUUUGUCCCUGAUAAUGACGUUGAUGUGUGAUUUUUGCAUUGGUCAGAAAAAGUGAUCUCGUCUAGGCACCUUUCACUCUAUGUAUGGUACUACAGAGAUGGAAAUUUAAGAGUUACACAUUGUUGCCAAGGUCGGUCAGGCAAGGUUAAUAUUAACCCAUGCUAUAUCUAAAUAAAUUCUAGUCUGGAAGCAAGUUGAGAUAAAGACGAGAUGAUUCUGACAGCAACAUGAACAUGUCAUGAUGGACUGUUAGCAGGGAUCCUGGAGCCAAACGACCAGUUUUAUGAUAGUGUUAUUUUUUGGAAGAAAUCUAAUUGAUUCGCUUGCUGAUGAAAAGCACAGAUUAUUUGUAAUCUCAUUUUAUCAAGUGUCCAUUGAUGUGGGAUUUUCAUUUCUCCAUCAGACAUUAUCUUUACAAAGUACUGGAUCCUAUAAUACUGGCCUUCUAUAUAGUUAUAACCAAUUGUUGUUUUAUUCCAUGUUGGUAUACUAUCAGAUUCUGUGUAUAUGACAAUCUUUUUUUUCCUUUUUAAAAAAAAUCCGACUUGUCUGAAUUUAUAACGUAAACUAUCCCACUGGGCACACACUGGUUGAAUAAACGUUGUUUCAACUUCAUUUGUCAACCUAUUUUGACGUGGACAACACAUUUGGAUUUGCAAAAAGUCAACCAGUACUGUUUUCAUCUCAUUUUAACCAGCGUCGUAAACAUUGAAAUUUGGGUAGAACUUCAACUUGUACAAUUUCUUAACCUGACUAACAGGAUGUUACAUCAAUCUAAUUUCAACCUAAUCAUCAGAACUAUGUAUAUGUUGAAAUUGCAUUUUAAAUUCCACAUCCUGUAUUCAAUAUACAGUAUAUUGGGGUGGUUGAAAUUGUUGAAUUUCACAUGAUUCAUAUGACAUUUUAUUUGACCUUGUUUCAAUGUUGAUACUAAAAUGGUAUGUUUGAAUCAAUGUCAUUGUGUCAACGUCAUGCCAACAACCUAAAUAAAGAGGUAAAUUAAAAUACAAUUCAAACAGUG